AGAAUCCCAAACAGGCUCCACUGAGCUGUUAGCACAGAGUGGGACACGGGGCUUGACCUCAUGAACCGCGAUAUCAUGACCUGAGCCGGAGUCGGAUGCUUAACCAACUGAGCCACCCAGGAGCCCCUGUACUUACCUUAAAGUGACUUUUAGAAAAUUGAAAAUUACAUGAGGGCUUGCAUGAUGUUUCUAUUGGGAAAUACCACUUUAUUUAUUUUUUUUUUAUUUUUUUUUUAACGUUUAUUUAUUUUUGAGACAGAGAGAGACAGAGCAUGAACGGGGGAGGGGCAGAGAGAGAGGGAGACACAGAAUCGGAAGCAGGCUCCAGGCUCUGGGCCAUCAGCCCAGAGCCCGACGCGGGGCUCGAACUCACGGACUGUGAGAUUGUGACCUGAGCUGAAGUCGGAUGCUUAACCGACUGAGCCACCCAGGCGCCCCGGGAAAUACCACUUUAGAAAGAACCAGUGAGCAGGGGAUCUUCACUUCCUUGUAGGAGCUAAGGACAGAGGUUGCGGAACUAAAUUCCAUGAUCCCAGGCAACGUGCUGGCACCAUUUCCUGGGUUUCUGAGAAUCAAUAGCAGAAACUGAACAGCCCAGAGCUGGGUGGGGUUGAGUCCCUGCCUGAUUCCUUUCCAUGUUCAGGCUCAAAACACGCCAUCUUAAAACUUCUAUUGCUAUUAUUGCCUUGGUAGAAUGAGACCAUAGCUGUUAGCUGGGCUUUAAUUUGGGGACCACAACAUUUUAAUGACUGGGACAUUCCAGGAGAAACUAGUGGCUGUGAAGAUAGUCUUAAAAUCAGUGUGAACUUAAUUCUUCCACUUCUGCUCUUGCAAAGUUUACCUUAGGCCCAACGUGUGGUGGAAAUUCACCCUCCAAGAGUCCGCUCUUCUCCAGGUUUGAAUCGUUUCCUCCAGCACUGCCUUGUUUUCGAAACGAUUUGCACGCAGAUUGCCGGAGGAGGAUGCGAGAGGAAGCCCGGCCGGGCGAGGAGCCGGCCUGCCAAGCACAUCUGGAAGUGGUUUCAGGGGCCGCCUCACCCCGCAGCCAGCGCAACGCCCCGAUUCCCAGCUGCUUCGCGCAGGGGUGGAAGAAACCCGAGCCGCUCCAAAGUCAACGCAAGCAAAGGGGGGGUGGUGUUGGGGGCAGGGGCAGGCAUCCUCUCUUGGAAACGUAACAUUGGCCUCGGGGCUCUCAGCGCUUUGGGCUUUCCAAUGGGAUGUUAGCUGCAGCUGAAGCAGCCCGGGGGCCAGCCGCGAGCGGAACGCUCUGCCCUGCAGCUCUUCUGGACCGAGGCGCCCACAGCCUGCCCUCACCGUUCACCAGGUCACAGCUUUCGUCUGCGUGAACACACAUGGCUUUGUUACGAAAAAUCAAUCAGGUGUUGCUGUUCCUUCUGAUUGUGACCCUCUGCGGAAUUCUGUAUAAGAAAGUUCAUAAGGGGACUGUGCUCAGGAACGAAACAGACGAUGACUCUGAGGCUCCUGAGGAAAUGGAGGAUGAGAUUCCUGUGGUGAUUUGUGCUGCUGCAGGGAGAAUGGGUGCUGCCAUGGCUGCCAUCAAUAGCAUCUACAGCAACACCGAUGCCAACAUUCUGUUCUAUGUCGUUGGACUCCGGAACACUCUGUCUCGAAUCCGAAAAUGGAUUGAACAUUCUAAACUAAGAGAAAUAAACUUUAAAAUCGUGGAAUUCAACCCGAUAGUCCUCAAGGGGAAGGUCAGACCGGACUCAUCAAGGCCAGAAUUGCUCCAGCCUCUGAACUUUGUCCGCUUUUAUCUCCCUCUGCUUAUCCAUCAACAUGAGAAAGUCAUCUAUUUGGACGAUGACGUAAUCGUACAAGGUGACAUCCAGGAACUCUAUGACACCACUUUGGCCCUGGGCCACGCGGCAGCUUUUUCGGAUGACUGCGAUCUGCCCUCCGCUCAGGACAUGAACAGAUUUGUGGGGCUGCAGAAUACGUACAUGGGCUAUCUGGACUAUAGGAAGAAGACCAUAAAAGACCUCGGCAUAAGCCCCAGCACGUGCUCUUUCAAUCCCGGCGUGAUUGUCGCCAACAUGACGGAAUGGAAGCACCAACGUAUCACCAAACAACUGGAGAAAUGGAUGCAAAAAAAUGUGGAGGAAAAUCUCUACAGCAGCUCCCUGGGAGGAGGGGUGGCCACCUCCCCGAUGCUGAUCGUGUUUCAUGGGAAAUACUCCACCAUCAACCCCCUGUGGCACAUACGGCACCUGGGCUGGAAUCCAGAUACCAGAUAUUCGGAGCAUUUUCUGCAGGAAGCAAAAUUACUCCACUGGAAUGGAAGACAUAAACCCUGGGACUUCCCUAGUGUUCACAACGACUUAUGGGAAAGCUGGUUUGUUCCUGACCCCGCAGGGAUAUUUAAACUCAAUCACCACAGCAGCUGAUGUAACGACAUUUUAUAUAUUCCCUGUAUAAAAAUGUGGAAUUGUCCAUUUAUAGCCCUACUAUAUCAUUGUUCUUUAUGAACAGUACCUUUGGUACAAAUGAUCCACAAUGUAAAACACAAAGACUACCGUGGGCAAAUAGUACCCUGGAUUAUGUAGGUACUGAUUCCUUAAAUGUAAGUGGUAAUUAUGGAAAUCAAGAUGAUGUGAGUGAGAUAUAUUGUUGGAAGGAAAUAAACCCACCUAGGUUUCAGCAGUCAAUUUGCUUAACUCUCAAUGACAACCUGUACCCACAAGUUUUUAAAAUUUCUCAAUGUGUUUUUCACACAUAGGUAUUUUUUCACAGGUUGCCAGUCUUGUCUUUUGUAAAACAACAAACUACAUUUAAAACAUGAAUGUAUGUAAAAAUAAAAGAUAUGCAGAUUUUUAAAUG